AUGGCUUACUACAAUAACCAGCCCCGUCCUCGUGGCGUUCCUGAUCAGAGCUUCCUCGUCAGUGUCUUCCAGAGAGUGGACACAGACCGAAGUGGUGUUAUAUCCGAUAAUGAACUUCAGCAAGCAUUAUCCAAUGGUACAUGGACGCCUUUCAACCCUAUUACUGUUAGAGCCAUCAUCUCAAUGUUUGACCGUGAGUGCAAAGGUGGUGUGAACUUCACUGAAUUUACUGGGGUGUGGAAAUACAUCACUGAUUGGCAGAAUAUAUUUCGGACCUAUGACAGAGAUAAUUCUGGUUUUAUUGACAAGGAGGAAUUGAAGCAAGCCUUAUCAAGUUUUGGGUAUCGCUUGACGGACCAAUUUUAUGAUAUUCUCAUUCGCAAAUUUGACAGGCAGAAAAGAGGUCAAGUUGCCUUUGAUGAUUUCAUUCAGUGCUGCACUGUCCUGCAGAGAUUGACGGAAGUUUUUCGACGCUACGAUACAGAUCAGGAUGGCUGGAUACAAGUUUCAUAUGAGCAUUAUCUUUCCAUGGUUUUUAAUGUAGUAUGA